UUCACUCCAAUCUCUUCUUCUUUCUUAUUUUUAAAUUUCAAAAUUCAAAUCCCUCCUCCCAAUUUUCAACAUGAAUCCUUCCGGCUCCGGCUUCAAUCCCGACAAUCUCCCCCCGAGUGACGCCGCGAUGUGGUUCUACCAAGAGUGGGGCGAUCGACCGCCGAUAUUCGAGACGCAACAAUCCGGGUACGUCGACCGAGAUUCGGUUCCGGAGACUCAACCGGAACCGUCCGGUUCGAAAAAAAGUACACGCCGGAGGAGCCACAAAGCCAAAACCACGGUCACCGAUGCGGCACGGGCAAUCCAAAAGUGGACGCCGGAGGAGGAGUGCAUAUUGGCGUCAGCUUGGGUUGACAUCUCCGAGCAUCCUAUCAUUGGUACGGAGCAAACGAAGGAUGCGAUGUGGGAUCGUAUCGAGGAGAAGUUCUUCACGGCGAUGAAGAAGGACGGCUCCUACCGAACCCGUGACCAACUCACUUCCAAAUGGAGCCACAUCAACAAAGAAGUACGAAAAUUUAUGGGAGUAUACGAGGAAUGCUCCCGGUCCCGGAGGAGCGGCAUGAACGACGCCGAUGUUCUCCGGCUUGCCACGACCCGGUAUCAAGACGACGGGAACCAAGGCAAGGUGCCCAUCGAUCUUUGGGAGAUUUUGAGUCGUUCCCCGAAGUGGCAACAACUCAACAAUCCCGACGGCGUAUCAUUCCGGAAAAGAUCCACCAUCGACGCCGAGGUUGAGGUCGACGAGACCAUCGGUUCUACCGAUCAAAUCCCUUCCUUCAACGUUGCGGUUUCCGAUGACGAGGACCCCAUUCCACGGCCGAUCGGAAGAAAGAAGGCAAAAUCUAUUGCCUCUGGUUCGGGAGGGUCCGCCUCUAUUUCUGCUUCUCCCCGCGACGAAAUCGGCCGGGCAAUGGUUGAACAACUUCGGGCGUUCAAUCUCCAAGAACAAGAGAGGAUGAAGCUUAAAGAGAAGGAGUUGAAGCUAAAGGAGCAGGAGGCCGAGAUGAAAGUCAUGCAAACCGACCCCGCGACGUUGUCAGAGUUUGGACGAAUUAUCUACGAGCAAAGAAUGAGAGAGAUCAAGGAGAAAUAUAAUUUUCCUUAGUUGUUUUAUUAAUGUAUCUUUUUUUUUUUAAAUUAUUGUCGCUUUUUUUUAUUUAAUUAAUGUGUUUUUUAUUAUUCGUGUUUCAAUUUAAUUAAAUAAAAAAUUAAAUACAUUUUAUUAAUUUAAUUUUAGAAGAUGUAUAUUUAAAAAUGUAAAAAUGAAGGUUUGAAGCCCAG